CAUCGUCGUCCGGGCCGGCGGGCGGCCGGCCCGCCCCUAUGAAACUACCGGCACUUGCAUUUGCAGGUCUCAGCAGCUAAUGCCCAGGUCAAGUUGUGUCCAUCUAAAGCAGCAUACAAUUGCCAAGUCAAAGUUUCGCGGGGAAAGAUGCUGCGAAAGCAACUAGAAAGGCACCCAUUGGCCCAUGCGAGAGGGCACGCAGAAAGUUCCCUUGCACCACUGUGGUGCUGCGCGGGCCAAUGAGCUCUUCAUUUCCGAUUUGGCCAGCAAAGCUCGAAGUCUCGACGGGGAUCAGGCCAAGAUGCCAGUGUCCGGGACACUGGCCGUUACGGUCCAUCGACUCGAGGCUGCGGAAGCCCGCGACCCGGGAGAAAAGCUCAGCAUACGAUUGGCUGUGGGCAACAACGAGCGCCACACGAAGUUCGUGUCGGUCGACAGCGAUAUCGACGAAACCCUGCACUACAAUGUGCAACACACGGCCGAGUCCGAGGAAGUUACGAUUGAAGUGCUCCAGCAAGAUCAGACGAAGCCUUUGGUGUCUGCCAAGCGCACGCUUCGAGAGCUCAUGCAGGGCUUGCAGAGCCACCGUAUGACGUUCACAUUCGGCUCGCUGAUGUCUCCUCAGACGAUGUUUCUGAUCUUCAGUACCGACUGGACGCCUUCCAAGCAAGAGGACAAGGUUCUAGCUCCUGCGACGCACCGCCCAUGGUUCAUGCGUGCUUCGUACUACUACAAGACGACCAAGAACGUGUACGACUACACGACCAGUUUCAGUGUAGUGAAGCCAUUUGCUCGUCUGGGUGAAGCUACAGUCAACACUGUGCUGGCCACAGUAACAGGCAAGACGCUGUUCGACGUGGAUCAAUCACUCGUCGUGCCAGUUCUUGACUCUGUGGACAACAAGGUGGAUGCCACAAUCUCUGUGGCGUUCACGAAGCUCUACGAAGGCCAGCAAUUCGCUGUUAACACCAAGAACAAGGCUGUUAACGCCGUGUCGAACGUCGCCUACAAGACUGGCAACACUGCCGUCCGGGCCACCAACUACACGACGCACAAGGUGGCAUCAGCCACGGGCGCCGUGUACGGAACUGUAACGGGCGCGGCGGAUUACGCGAGUUCGCAAGUGAAACACGCGUCGUCGUCGACUUAUGGCGCCGUGCGGGGUGUGACGUAUUCUGUUGCGAGCUAUAUACCUAUACUCGGGCACAAAAUACGGGCUUGAGGUGGGGAGCCGACAGUAGGUCACCCCACCGGUAACAGGAACUAUGUGAGUGUUGCUCGCAACUCUCGCCGACGUGCAUGCGAAGGAUAUCAAGAAAAAAAGAAAAGAAAAAACAAAGUGACAGGUCAAGAAAAAAAGGAGUAUAAACGGCGUAGAACGCUGUGGGGAGGACUAAGGGAGCAUGACGACGGAGCGGUGACGCAGCCCACGAACAAGAUUUAAAUAUGUGUUGCUACGUGGACAAGAACCUCCAAGCAUGACGCCGGCUUCUUCGUUGAAGGAGGACUGUAUUGCGAGUGCUUGGACCGCGAGGGAAAUGAGGGAGGAGUUACCGCGGGACGGAUUCCGACAGAAAGGGACCAAAACAAUUUUAUGAGAAAACGGGGUCCACGUAGAGAAAAGGCAAUGAAUAUAAAUUGUUUUUUUUUUUCACCUUUGA